AAUGAAACGAAAACCAAAAGUGAACUAAGAAACCAAUUUAAGUCAAAUAUACAAAGAAGGAAAAUAAAAACAAUAAAUGAAAGAAUUCAAAGUGAGUUGCGUUAAAGUUAUUUUUUAAAUAUUUAUAAAUAUAUUUUAUUCAAUAUUUUCUACUUCUCCACUCCAAGUUCAAGGCUUUCUUCUUUGUCACUUUAUAAAUUUGAUAAAAAAAUCCAUCCACCUGCUUAAGUAUUGAUUAAAAAUAUUGUUUUUUUUAUUUUUUUAUUUCUUAAGAUAAUCGAAAUAAUGGACGAUCAACAGGCUGCUAAUGAGCGCCCGCUUUACAAUCUCCCCCAGGGCUUGAACUUUGAAUCGGUGAGAUUUACGAAAGCUCUAAACAACAAUCAAUAUAUAUACUAAAUAUGAACUAUAUAUAGUUAGACUCCUUAUCUUAAUACAAUAGUAAUGCUUGACCAUAAUAUGCCAUCGACAGCGAAAGAAAUGAUAAGCUAGCUAGAUUUCUAAAUUCGUUCGGAAUAUUAAUCUGCUUGGACAGUCAUAUAUAAUCGUAACGAGUACUUAGGAACCCAAAAAUGAUAGUUAAGUCUAACUGAUCCUUGUGAUGAGCUACUUAAUGAUAUUUACACAUAAUAUAGGCAAUGUUAUGUGGGUUUUAUAGUUUUCUGUACUAGGUAAUAUUCCUGAACUUGACCAGCUGAGCUCUAUCUUCAUUUUUGCUAACCAUUUCACUUUUACUAAGUUUAAAGAGGACAAUCUCCUCAAGAAAUGUGCUUCCUUCCUAAACAGUUUGGUAUACCCACUCAGCGUAGGGCACCAGGUGGUCGAAAAGCCAACCUUAGAGAGUGGCUAGUGAUCCGCGAGUAGUUUUCGUCCAGAACUCGACCAUAAUGGACACCUUACUGGCUGCUUGGACACAGUCCGGGGAUUUCCUGCAGGAACGAUGGACUUCAUUACUGGACAUCGUUGGAGAUGAUUCGUGGCGCCUUUGGGUGGUGGGCAGCACAAUCGUCAUCUUUGUUGUAUAUUGGUUAUAUGCUGGGAUCUUUACCCUGAUGGACAUAACGAAUCGACCACUUUUCCUGCGCAAAUACAAAAUCCAGCCUGGUCAGAAUGAGCCAGUGGAUCUGGCCAAGCUCUGGAAUGCCGUCAAGGUGGUGCUGGUCAAUCUGACGGUGGUUAACUUUCUGGCUUGCUGGUCAGUCUAUGAGUUGGUUUACAAGACCGAAAACAGCGGGGACAUACGAGUGCUCCCCACAUUUAAGAGAUCUAUUCGAGAUUUGGCCAUCUUUGUAGUCCUCGAAGAGGUCAUGUUCUACUAUGCCCAUCGCCUGCUCCAUCAUAGAUCUGUUUACAAAUAUAUCCACAAGAAGCAUCACGAAUGGACGGCUCCCAUUGCCGCCAUUACAUUGUAUGCCCAUCCGGUAGAGCAUGUGGUGGCCAAUCUAAUGCCAGUAGCCACAUCCAUUGCUAUCCUGGGCACUCACGUGGCCUUGGCCUAUGUGAUCUUUGCCCUGGCCAUUAUUAACUCCAUGAGUGAUCAUACGGGCUAUAGUUUCCCCUGGUCGGCGGGUUCGGUGCGUUUCCAUGACUAUCACCAUGCCAAGUUUAACUACAACUAUGGCGUACUGGGUCUGCUGGAUAAGCUGCAUGGAACAUACCGUACUUCAGCGGAGCAGAAGGGUCCUGCCUCAAAGAUAAAGAAGACUAAAAAGAAGACUAAAUAAUCAAAGAGAUUUAAUUAUGA